GGCUUCGCGGCUCCAGUCUGACUGACGCCGGCUGGGGCCGCCGCCGCCGCCGCUGCAGCCGCUGUCUCGGUCCCCGCCGCCGCCGGGCCCUGCAGGCGCUGGGCGCGCGCAGCCAGGCAGAUUAAAAUCACCAACGGAACCUUCCAAGGAGACCAACUGAGUGGAAAUAACCUUCAGUAACUGCUAAUGGGAGUUGGAUUUAAAACCGUCAGCUUAAAAUAAAAGAGCUCAUGUCUCCUGAACUGCUAUCCAGCCGGAUCUCUUCACUACGGCACACUGAGAGCAGCUGUCCAGCUGUCCCGAAAAGUAGUUUGGAAGACUGUGUUAAGAGUGGCUGUCCAGGAGUGAGUUGCCCAGGCCAUUCAAGGGCUUAGGAGACAGUCUGCACACUUCCCAACUUGAAUCGGUCCCAGCUGCUCCCAGAGGAACGAGUGAAUUGGACCCUAUGCCACCCCUGGAGAGCUGCUCGCUGCCCACUUGGCCGUGAAGGGCUGUGCGGUUCCCCUGCGCGCCAGAGCCUGCCGUGGCCUCUUAUGCACUCCACCACCCCCAUCAGCUCCCUCUUCUCCUUCACCAGCCCCGCAGUGAAGCGACUGCUAGGCUGGAAGCAAGGAGAUGAAGAGGAAAAGUGGGCGGAGAAGGCGGUGGACUCUCUAGUGAAGAAGCUGAAGAAGAAGAAGGGAGCCAUGGACGAGCUGGAGAGGGCGCUCAGCUGCCCGGGGCAGCCCAGCAAGUGCGUCACGAUUCCCCGCUCCCUGGACGGGCGGCUGCAGGUGUCCCACCGCAAGGGGCUGCCCCACGUGAUUUACUGCCGUGUGUGGCGCUGGCCGGAUCUGCAGUCCCACCACGAGCUGAAGCCACUGGAGUGCUGUGAGUUCCCGUUUGGCUCCAAGCAGAAAGAGGUGUGCGUCAACCCUUACCACUACCGCCGCGUGGAGACUCCAGUGCUGCCUCCUGUGCUUGUGCCAAGACACAGUGAAUAUAACCCCCAGCUCAGCCUCCUGGCCAAGUUCCGCAGCGCCUCCCUGCACAGUGAGCCACUCAUGCCACACAAUGCCACCUAUCCUGACUCUUUCCAGCAGCCUCCGUGCUCUGCACUCCCUCCCUCUCCCAGCCACGCGUUCUCGCAGUCCCCGUGCAUGGCCAGCUACCCUCACUCCCCGGGAAGUCCUUCUGAGCCAGAGAGUCCGUAUCAGCAUUCAGUUGACACACCACCCCUGCCUUAUCAUGCCACAGAAGCCUCUGAGACCCAGAGUGGCCAACCUGUAGAUGCCACAGCUGAUAGACAUUUAGUGCUAUCGAUACCAAAUGGAGACUUUCGGCCAGUUUGUUAUGAGGAGCCCCAGCACUGGUGCUCGGUCGCCUACUACGAACUGAACAAUCGAGUUGGGGAGACAUUCCAGGCUUCCUCCCGAAGCGUGCUCAUAGAUGGGUUCACCGACCCUUCGAAUAACAGGAACAGAUUCUGUCUUGGACUUCUUUCUAAUGUCAACAGAAACUCAACGAUAGAAAAUACCAGGAGACACAUAGGAAAGGGUGUGCACUUGUAUUACGUCGGGGGAGAGGUGUAUGCCGAGUGCGUGAGUGACAGCAGCAUCUUUGUGCAGAGCCGGAACUGCAACUAUCAACACGGCUUCCACCCGGCCACCGUCUGCAAGAUCCCCAGCGGCUGCAGCCUCAAAGUCUUCAACAACCAGCUCUUCGCUCAGCUCCUGGCCCAGUCAGUUCACCACGGCUUUGAAGUUGUGUAUGAGCUGACGAAGAUGUGCACCAUCCGGAUGAGCUUUGUUAAGGGUUGGGGCGCUGAGUACCAUCGCCAGGAUGUCACCAGCACCCCCUGCUGGAUUGAGAUUCAUCUUCAUGGGCCGCUGCAGUGGCUGGACAAAGUUCUGACGCAGAUGGGCUCUCCACAUAACCCCAUUUCUUCAGUGUCUUAACAGUCAUGUCUUAAGCUGUGUUUCCAUAGGAUAGAGGCUAUUGCAGGGAGUGGCUUGUAUCAUUUCAGAUUUGCAACUAACUGAAGUUUCUACAAACAUGUGUAAAUACAUAGAAGGUAUACUAUUCCUAUUUUUUUUUUAACCACCGUUUGUUUUGUGCUUGCUAGUUAACCUGACACCAGUGCAAUGCGAUUGGAAAAGCAGGCCUUUUGUGCCUUUGCUGUCGUCGGCAGCUUUUGUGGGAGGAAACAAUUGAGGGGCAAUAUUGUCAAAAGUGUUUGAAGGGUGUUAGCAGAAGAAAAGGCAGCUUUAGUCAGCUGUGUCAUCAUAAAGCAUGUUGUGUGGCCUCACAGAAGUACUGAAACUGUUUAUGCAGCAAAAGUCAGGAAUUAGCGGCACUAGAGCAAAUAACACUCAGAUGAAACAAAGCAGUGAAGCCCCUACAGUUUAAAUGAUGUCACUUCAGUGCUAUGGACAAGAAAUAAAAUAAGCUUGGACAAUGAAUUCUAUGAGAUAAGUCAUAGAAACUUGACUUCUAAGGCUGACAUACCCAUAACUGGGCUGCUGUGCUGAUACUCAGUGGUACAUUUUAACCAAACUGUGAUC